UAUCAGGACGAAUUAUAACCACAAGGAGCCAUGGCCUCGAAAAUCACAUUUAAAAUCACCCUGACGUCCGAUCCGAAGCUGCCCUUCAAGGUCUGAGACGUUGACCAUUUGCCAGAAGAUGAAAGGGACUGUGGUGGGAAUGAAUGAAGAAUGGAAGAUCAGCUGUCAGAGAUCCUGAGAAUGUUCGACAAUUACGUGAGCCUGAUCGAAAACCCUAGAAUAAUAUCCCAAAUGACCCCUGGGAAUGUGCCAAUGGCCUUCAAUUGUUGUCGUUUCAUCGAGAAAACAAUGAGACGAGUAAAAGAGGAAAAUAAAACUAGAGAGUUCAUGAGUAAUCUGCAAGGCCACUGGUCCCUGAAGAAUCGAGUACACAUUUACAGUAUUGAGACCCUGGAGAACGCUUGUGAUAAACUCGUGGAGGUGCUGCUGAAGACAUCAGAAGUUCCUGCUGAAGUCGUCGACAAGCUACUGACCCUCUACGUGGGUGACUGUGGCAGGGAACGACUGCAUAAAUUUCUGGAACAUCUUUUCAACGAGUCCCUGAUGGCCAACGCGACUUUGGAGUGCAUGACAGAACUUCGUUUGGAUAAAUCCCUCGUCGAGAACGAGGGGAGACUCUUCAUCUGGCACUCUGAGGCCUCUCGAGGGAACCUGGAGGAGGUCACCCGGUGUAUCGACAAAAUGAUUGAGGAUGGUUUCAUCGGGGAAGUUAUUGAGAGUGUGGUGAAGCUGGAGGGCAGUCCUGCUAAGAAGCUUGUCAUCCAGAGUUUAGGGAAUCGAUUGAAUAAUUACGAUGAGAAUGUCUGCUGGGAGGUGAUGUCGACCAGGAGAAAGAUCCUUGAGGCACUCACUGAUGACGAGGACUUCCUGGUGAACUACACCGAUGUUAUUUUCUAUUUUGGGAGGAGCAUGAACUUCGAGAAGGGCUGGUGGAGUGGAAGCCAUCGAUUCUCCUUCGACGAUAUUGUCAACGGCCUCAAGGCCCUCAUGGGGGUCAGCGAGGAAAUCUGUCGGGUUGUUAAAAAGCGGAUUCUCUCGGGGAAGGAAUUGAUCGGGGGUGGGAUCUGGGGGGACGUGGAGGACGCUUGUGUAAACGAAAUGUAUGGAAUUGUCUCGUGAUUAAGGAUUGUCCCGUGAUUUUGUUAUUCUCAUGAAUUUUUUUAUUUAGGCGACUUGAAGAUAGGAAUUAGGUUUAUUGAGCCGAUUUAUUGAUAGAAUGCAGGCUUGAUUUAUUUUUUAUGAAGGAAGUUUACAGAAAUCGGGGAAUUAAUUUGUGAGAUU